AUGGAGUGGAUGUCUAGUGCGCUUAUUUGGUUGAGUGUUUCUUUCUUGGCUUCUCUUCUUCUACUAUUCAGCUGGACAAGGGCAACGAAGGGCUCUACAAAACAGAGACCACCAGGGCCACCAGGAUGGCCAAUUGUUGGCAACAUGUUCGAUCUAGGAACCAUGCCACACCAGACCUUCUACAAAUUAAGGGCCAAGUAUGGACCUGUUCUCUGGCUAAAGCUUGGUUUAGUAGAUACUAUGGUCAUACAAUCUGCCAAGGCAGCUGCUGAGUUGUUCAAGAACCAUGACCUUCCUUUCUCUGACCGCAAAGUUCCCGAGGCACUCACGGCCUCAGGCUACAACAAAGGAUCAUUGGCUAUGGCCAGAUAUGGCCCGGAUUGGCGCAUACUACGACGACUCUGCUCCAUGGAGCUCUUGAUUAACAAAAGACUCCACGAGUCGGCUCCAAUAAGGCAAAAGUGCAUUGACAAGAUGGUGGAGUGGAUAGAGGAGGAUUCAGCAUCGUCGCGUGCCCGGGGUGGAUCGGGUGGUGUGGAACUAGUUAGGUUCCUUCACAUCAUGGCUUUCAACCUUGUUGGGAACCUUAUGCUGUCAAGAGAUCUCUUGGACAUGCAGUCUGAGUCAGGGGAAGUGUUUUUCGAAUCCAUGAACAUGUUCAUGCAAUGGGCUGGGAAACCUAAUGUAGCAGAUUUUUUCCCAUUCUUGAAAUGGCUCGACCCCCAAGGGAUCAAGAGGAAUAUGGCCCGCCAUAUGGGACGAUGCAUGAAGGUCGUCGCUGGAUUUGUUGAUGAGAGGGUUCAUGAGAAGGAAUCAGGAAGAGAGAAGGUAAAAAAAGACUUCUUGGAUGCAUUGUUAGAGUAUGAAGGUGAUGGAAAAGAAGGGCCUACCAAGAUUUCAAAGAAGAACAUGAACAUCAUAAUCCUGGUAAUACAAUGCUAA